CAUAGCAUCUGUCUCUGUGCGACGUCAGGGAGUCCAUCAAAAAUAGGACAAGCGGUCUCCGAGCUCCUCCCUCUCUGCUACCGUAGCCGCCCACUCCCUGUACUCCGCCGCGUAGUUGCUCUGUCUUUCACUGGAGAUCACGAACGCCGGAGUACUCUUAGCCAGCAAACAGCCAUGGCAGAAAACGCCGGCUUGGAUAACCACCGUAUCAAGAGCUUCAAAAACAAGGGACGCGAUGUCGAGACUAUGAGAAGACAUCGAAAUGACGUGACAGUCGAGCUGAGGAAGAACAAACGAGACGAGCAUCUCCUGAAGAAGAGGAAUGUCCCACAGGAGGACAGUCUGGAGGACUCCGACUUCGACUCCGACUUCAAAGGGCAAAACUUCACGCUAGAGGCCAUCUUACAGAACGCCACCAGUGAUAAUGCCGUGGUUCAGCUUAGUGCCGUGCAGGCUGCCAGAAAACUCCUCUCCAGUGACAGAAACCCUCCCAUUGAUGACCUGAUAAAGUCUGGCAUCCUGCCCAUCUUAGUCAAAUGUCUGGAGAGAGACGACAAUCCGUCUCUUCAGUUUGAGGCAGCCUGGGCCCUGACCAACAUAGCGUCUGGCACGUCACAACAGACCCAGGCUGUGGUCAAGUCCAAUGCUGUUCCCCUGUUUCUGAGGCUGCUCCACUCUCCCCAUCACAAUGUGUGUGAACAGGCCGUGUGGGCGCUAGGCAACAUCAUAGGCGACGGGCCACAGUGCAGGGAUUACGUUAUCUCCCUGGGCGUGGUCAAGCCCCUGCUGUCCUUCAUUAACCCCUCCAUCCCCAUCACCUUCCUCCGCAACGUCACCUGGGUCAUCGUCAACCUCUGCCGCAACAAGGACCCACCGCCCCCCAUGGAGACAGUACAGGAGCUUCUCCCAGCGCUGUGUGUUCUUAUAUACCACACAGAUAUAAAUAUCCUUGUGGACACGGUGUGGGCUCUGUCCUACCUGACAGACGGUGGGAACGAGCAGAUUCAGAUGGUGAUAGACUCUGGCGUGGUCCCCUUCCUUGUCCCCCUGCUCAGCCACCAGGAGGUCAAAGUUCAGACGGCUGCUCUGAGGGCGGUGGGUAACAUUGUGACUGGGACGGACGAGCAGACACAGGUGGUGCUCAACUGUGACGUCCUCUCCCACUUCCCCAACCUGCUCACACACCCCAAAGAAAAGAUCAACAAGGAAGCAGUGUGGUUCUUGUCCAAUAUCACGGCUGGGAACCAGCAGCAGGUUCAGGCAGUGAUCGACGCAGGACUCGUCCCCUUGAUCAUCCACCAACUGGCCAAGGGGGACUUUGGCACUCAGAAGGAGGCAGCAUGGGCCAUCAGCAACCUCACCAUCAGCGGCAGGAAAGACCAGGUGGAGUACCUGGUGCAGCAGAAUGUGGUUCCUCCGUUCUGCAGCCUGCUGUCAGUGAAGGACUCCCAGGUGGUUCAGGUGGUCCUGGACGGCCUCAAGAACGUCCUCAUCAUGGCUGGAGACGAGGCCAGCACCAUCGCUGAGAUCAUAGAGGAGUCUGGAGGUCUGGAGAAGAUAGAGAAUCUGCAGCAACAUGAGAAUGAGGACAUCUACAAACUAGCCUUCGAGAUCAUUGACCAGUACUUCUCAGGCGACGAUAUUGAUGAGGAUCCCAGUUUAAUUCCUGAAGCCACCCAAGGGGGGACCUUCAACUUUGACCCUGCCUCCAACCUGCAGACGAAGGAGUUCAAGUUCUAGGAGCCGGUCCAUCAAGCAGCACGGGUACUGUCAAACCCACCUCAGACAUUCAUCCACCCAUCUCUCCACCAAACUGGCAACUUGCUACAGAAGGAUUGUACACAGCUACUAUUACUUCAACAUGGCCACCCAUCUUGCAACUGAAGGAUUCACCCACCGCCACUACAAUACUCCACCUCUGUACUGAAGGGUCCCUAAAAACUACCACCAUCCAUCAGAACCUGGUAACCCAUACGGGUCCAGGUAAUUCAUCCAGCACCAAUACAAUACUCCACCUCUGUACUGAAGGGUCCCUAAAAACUACCACCAUCCAUCAGAACCUGGUAACCCAGACGGGUCCAGGUAAUUCAUCCAGCACCAAUACAAUACUCCACCUCUGUACUGAAGGGUCCCUAAAAACUACCACCAUCCAUCAGAACCUGGUAACCCAGACGGGUCCAGGUAAUUCAUCCAGCACCAAUACAAUCUGAUCUCAGGCAGUCGUAGUCGAUGCUUUGAAAUGUCACGUGAAAAUCAUAUGGACGGAAGAAAAAGCCUUUUGGGGCAAUAUUUUUGAAUUGCCAAAUGUCACGAUUUACACACGUACACACGUACACACGCACGCACACACGCACAAACACACAGUUGAAGACACUUGGGAAGAAUUUGUGCAGACUUGUUUUAGAAGCCAAUACAUCACAGAUGGGGAAAGGAUACUAACGUUUGUUUGCGGGUUCGUUUUGUGCUUCACCCCUGGAUUGUCCCUUGGAUUCUCAUUCUCCCUCAGUCGUGGUCACGCACGUCGUCAGUCACACACAGUCGGUCGGUCACACACCCACACACAGAGUCAGACACACACACACACACACACACACAGAGUCAUACAGAGACGCGCUCAGUCAGUCAGUCAGUCACACACACACAGUCACACACGCAGUCAGUCACACACGAGCAGUCAGUCACUCAGACGCGCACACUGACAGUCACUCAGACGCGCACAGUGACUCACACACGCAAAUACAUUCACACACUCACACAGACUGUCUCACACACAGACGGACUGUCUCACACAGUCAC